CCGCGCUGUGUGACAAACAACACCCCUGAAUCAGAUUCACGAAGACUUGUCCCCCGCUGAACUUCCGAAGUACCACCAAGUUCCACAAAUCACAGCACACAACAUCUAGCAAGACUCAGCACAUAACAACCACAUUGUGACACCCGCCGUCCCCACUUCUCAAAUCCCACCCCACCGCACAUGCACCUUGGCAUUAGCAUCGCCACUCUGCCCCCUUGCGUCAACAUCACCCCAUCCAUCCCCCCACCCACCACUUCCCUCUCCAACCCCAUGCUUAACAACACUCCUCUCCCCUUCUCCCCCUUCAAUCUUCUCCCUCCCCGUCCCUUGACAAGCCUCGCAUCCUGGAUGUCUAGUUUUCACUCCGCGCCCACCACCAUUCACACCAACGUUCACGUUAACAUCGAUCCCUCGUCCGCGAUCCUUUAAAGCCUGGAGUUCUGCUUUCGCGGCCUUGGUUUCCGCUUUUGCGGCGGAGAGAGCGGUUUCAGCGGCUGAGAGCUUUUCGUUGAGGGAGGCGAUUUGUUCUUGGUGCGCUGUGUGUAGGGCUUCGAGUGCGGUUGAGAGGGCAGCGAGGGAGGCGCUUGUUUGGUUUAAGGUUGUUGCGUGUGUUAAUAAAGUCGCGGCGUGGGUCAGGAGUGGGGUUGGGUCGGGGUCUGGGGGUGCGGGUGAAGACAUGAUUUUCCGGGGGUUUUUUUUGGGUAGACUUGGGUGGUUAUGGAGGUGUGAUUGAUGAGU